AUGGACGAGAAGUACACAGGACUGAAGAAGCAGCUGAGUGAACUGUGCAGCCUGAAGCCAGAGCAGAUCCUGCUGGCAGAGGUGCACUCCUCCAACAUCAAGCACUUCCCGCUGGAUAAUCAGAAAGUGCGUCUGUCGGUGAACGGGUUCCUGUGUGCGUUUGAGAUCCCAGUUCCUGGAUCUCCAACAUCGCUGAGCUCUCCCACUCUGACCGACAUCACUCCGGUGGCGAAUGGCUCAGUGAACGGCCACCUGAUUCCAAACGGAGACCCCAGCUCCGCUCCUCUCUCCAGCCCAGAGGCGCCUCUCGUUAACGGGGUGACCACCAACGGCCACCUCACCCCCCUCCAGGACAGCCCCUUCAUCGGCUACAUCAUCGCCAUGCACCGCAAGAUGAUGCGUUCGGAGCUGUACUUCCUGUCCUCUCAGAAGAAUCGUCCCUCUCUGUUCGGGAUGCCUCUGAUAGUUCCCUGCACUGUUCACACCAGUAAAAAAGACCUUUACGAUGCUGUGUGGGUCCAAGUGUCCAGACUAGCAUCUCCUCUGCCGCCUCAGGAGGCUUCUAACCACGCUCAGGACUGUGAUGACAGUUUGGGGUACCAGUAUCCGUUCACACUGAGAGUCGUGGGCAAAGAUGGUAACUCUUGCGCCUGGUGUCCAUGGUACCGGUUCUGCAGGGGCUGUAUGGUGGAGUGCACAGAGGAGCGGGCUGCAGUGGGAAACGCGUACAUCGCUGUGGACUGGGAUCCUACUGCUCUGCACCUGCGCUACCAGACCUCCCAGGAGAGGAUCGUGGAGGAGCACUGCAGUGUAGAGCAGUCCCGUCGGGCCCAAGCUGAGCCCAUCUCCCUCGACAGCUGCCUCAGAGCCUUCACCUCAGAGGAGGAGCUGGGGGAGGACGAGCUCUACUACUGCUCCAAGUGCAAGACCCACAGACUGGCAACCAAGAAGCUGGACCUGUGGAGGCUGCCUCCCAUACUGAUCGUCCAUUUGAAGCGUUUCCAGUUUGUGAACGGCCGAUGGAUCAAGUCUCAGAAGAUCGUGAAGUUUCCCAGAGAGAAGUUUGACCCUGGUGCGUUUCUGGCUCCGAGAGACAGGGGGCAGCACUGUCCGUACUCCCGCAGUGAGAACGAUGACCUCCUCAGAGUUGGAGAAGACCAUCUGUCCUCGAUCUCUGCUCCUGCUGGUUUCAACAACCUACACAAGGCCUCUCCCUGCUCCAGUCGGAAGUCUCUGAGCCGCAGCAGCAGUCCCUCCUCCAGCCCCAAGACCUCAUCCCGCCGCCCAGGGCGGCUACGGCUGCCCCAGCUCGGCUCCAAGAACCGGAUCCACUCCAGCAAAGACAACCUCCACACAGAGACCACAGAGACCACAGAGACGGAGACCACAGAGACCAUAGAGACCACAGAGACUGGCAGGCUAGAGGAGGACGAGGACCAGAGGGCACCAGGACCAGCCGAAGUCCUGGAGUCCGAGUCCGAGCUGGGGACUGAUGCCUCUCACUGUGACGUGGUUUUGAUGAAUGGGAACGGACUGAACUCAGACUGCAGCACUGAGAGCAGCUUGGACCAGGACCUGCACCAGGACCUGCACCAGGACCUGCACCAGGACCUGAACCAGGACCUGAACCAGGACCUGGGUCUGGAGGCCAUCUACAACCUCUAUGCAAUAUCGUGUCAUUCAGGAAUCAUGGGAGGCGGCCACUACGUCACUUACGCCAAAAACCCCAACAGGAAGUGGUACUGCUACAACGACAGCAGCUGCAAGGAAGUGCACUCGGGGGAGAUGGACACAGACUCCGCAUACAUCCUGUUCUACGAGCAGCAGGGCGUGGACUACUCACACUUCCUACCGCAGACGCAGGGGCAGAAGAUGGCCGACACCAGCAGCAUGGACGAGGACUUCGAGUCGGACUACAGGAAGUACUGCGUGCUCCAGUGA